GGUUGCGGACGUGGAGGAAUCUGAGGCCGUUGGAUGAAGGGGUGGCGUAAGAUCCUCAGUUGAGUACACGUGCUGUCCCUCUCCCUUUACCACCCUUUCUCUCUCUCUCUCUUUUUUUCCUUUUUUUUUUUGUUUUUUAAUCUUUGCUUCCAUGCAUGGAUUUCUCCUCCUAAUAUAGUGAAGUUUAGAGAGAGAAUUGGAGAAACAAACGCUCACUCACUCACUCACUCUUGUUUGUUCUUUUCUCCCUUGGCUUCCUCAUCCAUCAUCGCUAUCAUUAGCAACAAAGACAUGGGGUUUCUCUUGUUCUUCUCUCCCACCGCUUCCAAGAUACUAUGCUGAUCUGGGGUCUUGCUAUUUCUCGCUGUGAUCCUCUCCUCUUGUGUUGAUGAUCAAGAAGUGAGUUGGUUUGCCUUUGUUUGCUGAUCCCUGCGUGUGUGUGUGUUCGGUUUCUUGAAAAUCCAAUGGAAGAAGAUCAAGAAGUGAAGCACUCGUGCAAGUUCUGCAGCAAGAGCUUCCCUUGUGGGAGAUCCUUAGGAGGUCACAUGAGGUCACACGUCACCAAUGUUUCAUCCGAGACAGAGAAAGUUUCGUCUUUCAACAACAACAAUGGUGGAGAUAGAGAGACGGGAAUAAUGGGUUCUGAAGGGGGAACUAGCAAUGGAGGGUAUGGUCUGAGAGAGAACCCGAAGAAGACUUGGAGGUUCACGAAUUCCGUUGAUGACACUUUGUUGGUGUUGGACAAGUUGUGCAAGGAGUGUGGCAAAGGCUUUCACUCUUGGAAAGCUCUGUUUGGUCACAUGAAGUGCCACUCCGAGAGAGUAUCCCAGAACAACAGCAGCUUGAUGGAGGAUCAAGAUUCGUGGACAGAAAAUACCAAUGCUAGCCAGAAGAUGGUGUCGGAUGAUAGCCACUCCGACAAUGAAGCCACUGCUCCAAACCGUAGGAGAAGAUCCAGGAGGAGAAGGACAAGGUACGUGGCUCCAUCAACUUCUUCUGUGUCCUUUGUUUCUGAGGCAGAGCAGGAGCAGGAAGAGGUUGCCAUGAGUUUGAUGAUGCUUAGCAGGGAUGUUAGUCCUUGGUGUGGUCUCAGUUCUGUGAACUCAUUUCAUUUUGAAUCUCCUUUGGUUCCAACCAAUUUAGAUUCCAAGGCUGAAGGCAAGAGGGUUGUCUCCAAUGAUUCUGAAAAUAAGGUUACCAAACCAAAGGAUAUGAAGUGGGAUUUUGGAAAUUUGGAUGCUUCAUAUCUCAACUCCAAAGGAAAAAUAAGCUCAGAACUUGAUAAGAAGGCCGAGCUUGAUACUGAUUCUGCAUUUGAGGACAAUGGAAUAGAUGAUAAUAGAAAUAAUAAGUACACUUCAAUCAAGGCAAAGUAUUUGGAUUCUGAAUUGAAGGCUAGUUCUUCAAAGAGUUGGGUGAAGAACAAGUCCCCAGAAGUUGAAUUGAGCAAAAGCUCAAACAAGAGAGGAAAAUUUGAGUGUGCUACUUGCAAGAAAAUCUUCCACUCAUACCAAGCACUCGGAGGUCACAGAGCUAGUCACAAGAAGAUCAAGGGAUGCUUUGCUUCAAGAAAUGAGAGCAGUGAAAACAGCACUGACUUGGAAGCAGACCUCUCCCCUGAUCCAACAACAGAAAGUAAGUUCCUGAAGAAGGAAUAUGUGGAAGAACAUGAAAUGGUUACUGUUACUACUACUACUACUGGUUUUGACAAUGAGGAAGAGAGAGAGAGAGAUUUGAAAAAGGGGAAAGUUCAUGAGUGCCCAAUUUGCCUCAAGGUUUUUCCAUCUGGACAAGCCUUGGGUGGUCACAAGAGAUCUCAUCACUUGCCUAAUGGGUCUGAUAUUGCUAGAAACUGUCAAAGUCAAAGAGUUGUACUAGGGAGAGAAGACCCAGAAAUUAGGGACUUUUUUGAUCUUAAUCUUCCUGCUUCUACAGAGGAAGAAGGUAACAGCCAUGGCCAUGCUGAGCCUUACAAACCUUGGUGGGUAGUAGGAGGCAGCAGCCACAAGCAAGAGGCACUGAUAGGCCUCAUUUCUAACUAAACUAAACCUAUCACAGUUCAUUCCAGCAGAGGUUUCAAAUCUCAGUUCAACUUCAGAGUGAAGAUUCCAAACUGUAUAGAAAAAAGCUUAUGCACUUAUUUCAUUAAUUCUUUUCAGGAUUCAUAUCUUCUUUGAGGUAUUUCUGUUAUUCUUCAAGUACUUCAUAAGGAACUUUUC